AUGUCAUUAGGAACUACAACAGCAGAUGCCCGUCACUCUGUAGAGGCGACUCUUAACAUUCUCCGUCGCUUAUUAGAUGAAGAAAGUCUUAUUCUUUCACAACUCACAUACGUCGUAGCACACAUUCAUGACCCCUUGUUGGAGGGAUGUAAGCCAGUAGAUCCCACAGGGAAAGGAAUACAAAAACAACAACAAAAUGGUAAAAAGGGUGAUAUUAAAAUUCCCGCUAUUUUAACCUUUGCACAGUAUUGGGAACUAUUUGCGAAUAUUGCCACUUUGACGGAGGCACAGAGUACACUUGUUGGUAAAUUGGAAUCUGCUAUUACCUACAGUACAAGUAUACUUGAACAACAGGAUGAAAAAUUAAAAUCAAAGGCAUCCCAUGAUGGAGAAAGAAUAAAUACUUCAGGUAGAUCAUUAUCCAAUAAUAGAAAGAAAAAAGAAGAAGAGGAAAAGAAAAAAGAAAAGGCUGUUGUUAGUGGUGAUAGUAAUAAUAAUAAUAAUAAUAAUAAUAGUAGUAGUGUAGGAGAUGUAGAUGUACUGCAGAUUAUUCCUGAGAUCUUCUGUUCCGCCGCUAUGCGGCAUUACGUGGCUGAACACAUGAUGUACAGUCUCAACUACACCCGAAAUAUCGCCCCUCGAGUUUUGCAGCUCUGGCGAUUAUGGCGGGCUCGUUUAGAUAAACACAUCAACGCAGAGGAAAGACAACAGUUAACAUUAUAUGGGCGAUUUCUACAUUUUCUCUGGGAUACAAUGGGAAGAGAACGGGGUGUGCCGGAUGAUCCUCGGGUGGUGUGUACACGUUUACCAGAAACCCCUCCUACUAACACUAAUACUACUAAUACUACUACUAGUGCUAAUAAUAAUAAUGAUAAUAAUCAUAGUCAUAAUCAUAAUAGUAAUAAUCAUAAUAAUAAUAAUAAUAAUAAUAAUAAUAAUACUAUUAAAUCAUCUUCUUCUUCGUCUUUUCAGGCUCUUGUGAAUGAACCACCUCCUAUUCCACGAGACUGGCGAGGGUUUGAAACUCUACUCGUUCUUCUUGCAACUCCAUUGGCAUCUCUUCGUCGUUAUAUGCAUGUGGCCCGUUGUUUAGUGGAAUCCCGAUUUCUGCGAAAAACAAUGCGAACACAUCUUCAAUCUGAAUUUGUAGAUGUAGUGGCAUUGCGAUUAGCAGAGGAAGGGAGUAUUGUAUUGGAUGAAUUAGCUAGACAAGAUGUGGAACACAUUAUUGCCCUUAUUGAUGAAUCUGCUGUUUCUCCCUUAUCUGCACAACCUCCAUUUGCAUCUUCCACGGUAGCUCCAUCUCUUUCCUCUACAUUAAAUAACACUAUGGGGACCGCCACUAUUUCAACGAAUUCAAUCACAACGAACAAUACAAUUACUACUACUAAUAAUACUAAUACUAAUACUAAUACGACUGCGGGAACUCCAAUAUCUAUGAUUGGACCAGGAGGGAAAAAAUGUCCUCGUAUUCCACCAGACUUGGAUGGUAGUCGUACACUUAUACAUUAUGGACAUCUCACGAAGCGAUUUCGUCGUGGUCGUCAUGAACGUUUAUUGUUUCUCUUUAGUGAUUUACUCUGUUAUGUGGAGGAACUCACAAAUGGACGAAUGCGACUUCGUGCGUCUAUUGCGUUGGAAACUAUUAAAGUAGUGGAAUUAGAUGAUACAGCAGAUGCGGUGAAUGCCUUUGAUAUUGUCACGAAUGAAUCUCGUUUGACUUUUUUUGCCCCAACACCAGAGCAGAAACAUCAAUGGGUAGAUGCACUUCGUAGUACAGUGAUGGCGUAUGUGAAGAAAACAAAGAAAUGGGCAGCAGAAGCAAAUAUAAAUAUAAAUACAAAUACAAUAGAAGGAACAGCAGCAGCAGCAGCAGCAGCAGCAGCAGCAGCAGGAGUAUUAGGACAACAACAACAACAACAACAAUUACAAUCACUAUCAUAUCAACAAAAACAACAAUCUGGAGAUGUUGUUCGUUUAAUCUCUGCAACUGCACCACCAUUACCACACAACUCACGACUGCAGCGACAACGCCGUGUGGAUCAAGUACGGCAAGAACGUUUACUAAUGCGACGUUUAUCUGUACAAUCCAAUACAAACGCAACCAUCACUACAAAUACAAAUACAACUACCAACACAGCCGCAACAUUAACAACCUUUAGGGCGACAUCUCAUAUAGAACCAUCACCGGCGUCUGUUACUUCUGGUAGUUCAGAUAAGAGACGACGUGCCUUUUCAUGGCGUUCACCGCAUGGAAACUUUGAUGUCACUCACUGGGCACAGCAAUCCACAGAUACAGUUCACAGACGUGUUCGAAGUACAGACUUUCUCUCACGUUCAUGGACUCCGCAAUCACCGUAUGAGAGAAGUACAGGUGAUAUUGAAAUCCUUCGUCAUCAUAAUCAACAUAAUCAACAACAACAUCCUCCUUUAGCUCCUCCUUCUUCUAUUCCUUCUAUUCCUAUUGGUUUUUCUGCUUUUAGUGGUGAGGAUGAUAACAAUUCUCCCUCUUCUCAUCAUGAGAAUAAUACUACUACUACUACUACUACUACUACUACUACUGCUGCUGGUGUGGAUACUCCAGGGAAGCCACCACGUACACCAAUGAUGAGAUUAAUGUCUGAGCGUUUUCAGGAACAAUCUUCAUUCAACUCUGCUGAGAAAAGUCCCUGUCCGAACACAGUGAGUGUAUUCCAGCAGGAAGAAGAACAAGAAGAAGAAGAAGAGAAUGGGGAAGAAGAGAAUAAAGUGUUACUACCGUCUUCAUCCGUAGGGGGAGAAAAAAGUGGUUCCUCCAUGAAGAGAGAAGCAAGUGUAGAUGUUUCUCGCUUUAGCACAGAUGAUGUUUUGACGAUUGAGAGAGAACUGAGAGAAGGAGAAGAAGAACCCGUUGAAACUCCCACAAAAGAAAAAGAAGAAGAAGGAGGAACUGAGAGUAACAAUACUGACACCAACAGCAACUGUAAGGAUAAAAAUGAUAAUAUCUCUCUUUGCGAAUCACGUGAUGUGCAAUUUGCACCUACCCAUAAGAAAGAGACAGAAGAAUAG